GGAUGUCCAGCCUCUCACCCACCAGGACGAGAUCGUCCGAUGAUCGUUGCGGGUCCCUUCCAGCGCAGAGUACGUUCUGUUGCUCGGGUUGUGGUGGGGCUGCUGAAGGCGGCGGUGACAGCCGGCACCCGGCAGGCUCCCGCCGCCCGGCGGCCGCGCGCGGAACGGCGGCGGAACCGCGCGGCUGCGGCCGGUGUUUCUGGCCGAGCCCGGGGCGGUGGCACCGGGGCUGCGACAGCAUGGCUGCGCCGUGGGCCGCCCGCGGGCUGCGGGCCGGGAGCCGGUACAUCUCCACACCAGCUUUCUCUCAGCUGACGCCUGAUGAGGUGGUUCGGAUGCGUAAUGAGCUCUUCACCAAAGAGAAAGAGAGACAACUGUCUCUUCACCCACGGAUUGAGAAAAUUGAGGUGAAAUACACUGGGAAGUUGCACCCUGGCAGUGUGUUUGUCAUGAACAAGGCUCUGUCUACGCCGUAUAACUGUGCCAUGCAUUUAAGCGAAUGGCAUUGCAAAAACUCUGUUCUGGCUUUUGUGGAUGGUGAAAUCUGGGACAUGUACAGACCCCUGACCAAAUCAUGUGAAAUUCAAUUCCUUACCUUCAAAGAUGAAGAUCCAGAGGAAGUAAACAAGGCAUAUUGGCGUUCCUGUGCCAUGAUCAUGGCUUGUGUGCUAAAGCGAGCAUUCAAGGAUGAGUACUCAGUCAAGCUAGUUAAAGCUCCAGAAGUGCCAGUGAUCUCUGGAGCUUUCUGUUAUGAUGUGGUUUUGGACAAUAAACUGAAUGACUGGAAACCAACAAAGGACAACUUCUGUUCUCUUACAAGGGAUGCCAAAAAGCUAAUCCAUCAAGACCUGCCCUUUGAAACACUGCAUGUUGAAGCAAAAGUAGCAUGUGAAAUGUUUCAGCAUAAUAAAUACAAAAUGGAGAUGAUAGAAAGAAAAGCUGCUCAGAAUAUGGAAGGAAUUGUACCAUUACAUAGGUUUGGUGACUUUGUAGAUGUUAGUGAAGGUCCUCAUAUUCCAAGGACAAGUUUUUGUUUCCAGUAUGAGAUAACAGCAGCCCAUAAUCUUCAGACUGACCAGUCUGAAUUGAUAAGGAGAUUCCAGGGUGUGUCCUUGCCAGUCCAUUUGAAGGCUCACCACACUGUGUGGCACAAACUGCUGGAAAGAUCAAAGAGGCUGGUCACUGAAGAAGAAUAUUUGGAAACAGCAGCACAAUGUCUUGAGGAAAAAGAUGGAACUGAAGAAGGAAAACAUGUAUCAAUUUAAAUUAAGUUGAACCUCUAAAUGUACAUAAUAAACCAUGUAUUUUUACAUGACUCAUUUGUACCUCUUACAAAAAUGUCUUGGGUAAUUAAUUUGAAUUCUGUGACAUAAAUCAUAGCUAAGUAUAGACACAGGUGUACACAAAUGUUUCAGUCCACUUUAAAGGUUUCCUUAAAGAAAAAAAGGGCGGGUGGAGGGAAGUUAAUUUUUUAUCUGCAAUAACUUUCAAGUUGCCCCCGUCCUUACCGUGACAGCACUAAUUGUAUGUACCCAUCCAUAUAUUGUUGUCUACUGCAACCGAAAGUUGAGACAAAUAGUAUCUUAAAAAGAUACCCUGAGAAGUAUCUAAAGGUGUAAUUGCCAUUGUUUUAUCAAUACAAAUUGAUAUCAAUACAAAAAUACAAAAUCAAUACAAAAAUAGUAGAAUGUAGAAGCCAGAAAGUUCUUGGAGUUUACUGAUUUCUUUCUGAUGCACAAGUGCUGUUAAAGAUAAUUUUCCAGAAUAAUACCAAGAAUUUAGUUCCUUACUUGGAUCCCUAGUGUGCUAAGAUUUAUUAUGCAUUUUCUUUGUUUGAUAUUUAAAUAUGGUGACUUCAAUUAAAUUUUGCAAGGGGGUUUUGUUAGAUGAUGUUUUCUGAUGGUUUGUAUUUUCAUCCCUAACUCAUUAGAACUGUUCUCAUUAUACCAGAGGAAGUUUUUAUUACUUUUUGAAGUGCAAAUAUUUUCUCUGAAUUUCAUCCCAGUUAUUGUUUUUACAUGGUUCCUAAUCAGUUGACACCACAGUUUUGUGAGAGCAGGGUAGUAGUUCAGUAAAAUACAUUUAGGUAUAACCCAUGUUUUCUCAGGAUACUUGGAAAACAGAUGGGUUUUUUUCCUCUUGAUUAAUGUUGCAGAGGACUGUUUAUAAUGGCAUCAGAUGCUUAUUUUUUUAAAUAAAACUGUUGAUUCAAAGUUUACCUUCAAUGCACAUAUAUGCAUUUACACAUUCUGUAUAUUUUCAUUAAAUUGAACUUGCUGGCGUGUACUUUGGUUUUGAACCUGUUGUUCUGGUGCUGUUGAAGAAGAAGGCAUUGUUUCUUGUCUUAAGAAACACA